GCUCCCUCCAUCCAGCUGGGUUUCUCUGAGAUUUCUGGGAGAUAUGCAACGCGAUUCAUCGCCAGACACACGGCUGCACUUCACUGAUUUAGUUUGGAUGUUUCCAUGGCAAAUGACUGAAGAGGCUGCGCUGAUCAUUUUUGGUCUGGAUACCAAGGUGAGAAGGAUAUAAGGAGAGAAGGGAGUAAGGAAGAGAAGAAGGAAACAGAAAUUCCGUUAUAGCCCCUCUGGAUCUGCAGCAGGGACGAGCGUACCAGCUGUGAUUUCUAAUCGUGGAGAAAGGCAGCGCAGCGAGAAGUACGCAGGUAUGGGGCCUUUGAGGGAUUUGCCCUGGAUUUUGAUAUCCCUCUGUGCAGCAUCUCUGUGUGUGGGUGGUGCAAAAGUCAACAAUGUAUCGUCAGAAAUGUGUCGUCAUCCUUGUGAGGAGUUAGUGACUUUGCUCACUGAGAUCCACGGUCUGCGUAUCGUGACGGGCAACCUGAUUGGAGAUCUGGAGAGAGUAUCAAAAGAAAAUGAGGAGAUGCGGAUAUCUUUGGCUGAUCUGAACAACAGCAGCAGCAGCAGCAGCAGCAGGAGCAGGAACAGGAGCAGGAGCAGCAGUGAUGAUGGAGAAGAGAAUGACAUCGAUAUCGACUUGGACAGAGACGGGGAGGCAUGGUGUGUGCAGGACGGACGGGUUUACGAGCAGGGGGAGGACUGGGACGUCGACAGUUGCACCUCCUGCGCUUGCCAGGAAGGAAAAGUGGUGUGCCAUCAGGUGUCAUGUCCUCCAGUAUCCUGCCUCAAUCCUUCCUUCAUCGAUGAACAAUGCUGUCCUGUUUGUCUCGAUGAAGAGGACGGCUGGUCCCCGUGGUCCGAGUGGACACACUGCUCAGUCACCUGUGGGCGUGGAGGGCAGCAACGGGGCCGAACUUGUAAUGGCAUCAUGCCCGGCUGCUCUGGCCCUUCCCUCCAAACCCGCAGCUGCAUGCCUAUUAAGUGUGAUCGCAAGGCUCGUGCUAAUGGGAACUGGGGCCUUUGGUCUCCCUGGUCUGCAUGCACAACUACAUGUGGAGACGGCAAGGUCACACGGGUCCGUCUGUGCAACAAUCCUCCUCCACAGAAGGGGGGAAAGGGAUGCAUGGGUGCUUCCAAGGAGACACAACCUUGCAACAACACUCUCUGCCCCAUUGCAGGCGGCUGGGCGGCCUGGGGUAAAUGGUCUAAAUGCUCUAGGACAUGCGGCGGAGGCCUCUUGAGUCGCCAGCGUCAGUGUGUGAAACCAGCCCCGCAGCAUGGUGGGAAGCCUUGUGCCGGAGAGGCUGUGGACUAUGAAGCAUGUAACAAACAAGAGUGUCCCUUAGAUAUGUGCUUACUUUCGAGCCCAUGUUUUCCUGGGGUGGCUUGCAAAUCAAAAAGUGAUGGAUCUUGGGAAUGUGGAGAUUGCCCGUUGGGUUUAUACGGCAAUGGCACUCAUUGUGAAGAUGAGAAUGAGUGCGAAGUGGAAGGUGUGUGUGUUUCAAAGUGCAUAAACACAGACCCUGGUUUCUACUGUCUGCCUUGCCCUCCUCGCUACAAAGGCAGCCAGCCGUACGGGCUUGGAAUGCAACAAGCCCUGCAAAUCAGGCAGGUGUGCGAACCAUACAAUCCUUGCAAAGACAAAUCACACACCUGCCACAAGUAUGCUGAGUGUACAUACCUUGGCCUGGCGUCCGAGGUCUUAUACAAGUGUAGGUGUGCCGUUGGCUUUGCUGGCGAUGGCUUCGUAUGUGGAGAAGACUCUGAUCUGGACGGCUGGCCCAACUACAGACUGACCUGCAAGCAGAACGCCACCUAUCACUGCCAAAAGGAUAACUGCCCCUUGCUGCCAAACUCCGGACAGGAAGACCUGGACAUGGACGGACUGGGAGAUGCUUGUGAUCCUGAUGACGACAAUGACAACAUCAUAGAUCAGAGGGACAAUUGCCCACUGGUGUACAACCCACGGCAGUAUGACUCUGACAGGGAUGGAGUUGGCGACCGCUGUGACAACUGUCCUUUUGAAAGCAACUCACUACAGACAGACACUGAUGAUAAUGGAGAGGGAGACGCCUGCAGCAUCGACAUCGAUGGAGAUGAGAUACUAAAUGACCGCGACAAUUGUCCAUCUGUGUACAACACUGACCAGAGGGACACAGACCUGGACGGUGUUGGAGACCAGUGUGACAACUGCCCUCUGCUUCACAACCCGCUGCAGCGUGACUCUGACAGCGACCUCGUGGGGGACAAGUGUGACAGCAACGAGGACAUUGAUGAGGACGGCCACCAAAACUCCCUGGACAACUGUCCCUACAUUCCCAACAGCAACCAGGCCGACCACGACCAGGAUGGAAAGGGCGAUGCUUGUGACCACGAUGAUGACAAUGAUGGUGUUCCUGACGAUCGGGACAACUGCAGGCUGGUUCCUAACAGGGACCAGCUGGACUCUGAUGGUGACACCAGCGGAGACGCGUGCUUUAACGACUUCGAUAAUGACACCAUUCCAGAUGCGCUGGAUCCCUGCCCAUUAAACCACGAUAUUAGGGCCACAGACUUCAAGACGUUUCAAGGUGUGUUGCUGGACCCGAAAGGCACCACGCAGUCGGACCCCCUCUGGGUGAUCCGCAGUCACGGGAGAGAGCUGCUGCAGUCAGCCAACUCCGACCCGGGAAUUGCUUUAGGAUAUGACAAGUUCAGCUCUGUAGACUUCAGUGUUACGUUUUAUGUGAAUACCGAACGAGAUGACGACUAUGCAGGCAUUGUGUUUGCCUACCAGUCAAGUCGACGCUUUUAUGUUGUCAUGUGGAAACAGGUGUCUCAAGGUUACUGGGAGAAAAGGCCAUCUAAGGCUUUUGCCACGGCAGGACUCUCAAUCAAACUAGUCAAUUCCAGCACAGGACCAGGGGAGUAUCUACGCAAUGCUCUCUGGCACACUGGAAACACCAGACAGCAAGUUAAAACAUUGUGGCAUGACCCCAAUAAAAUUGGCUGGAAGGAUUACACAGCAUACCGCAUGCACCUCAUCCACCGACCAAAGACCGGGUUCAUCAGGGUGGUGGUCUACGAGGGCAGGGACAUUCUGUCUGACUCGGGGGCCGUGUAUGACCACACCCUGGCUGGAGGCAGACUGGGACUGUUUGUCUUCUCUCAGGAGCACGUUCUUUUCUCCGACCUGAGAUAUGAGUGCAGAGAUAACUGAACUGUUUUCUUGGGAUGUUCAGGAUACUCCACUCCAAGCUGCCGGAGAUCAACAUUAAAUCCAGAAAUGUUUAACACAACCAAGAGAGAAGGUGGAUGCACUAAACCUAGGCUUUUUUUUUUUUUUUCUUUUUUUUUUGGGCCAAGACAAUCAAUUAGUGACCAUUUAUCUGUCAGCUUUUUAUGCAACAGUAUUGAUCCCAGGCAGUCUCAUUCGCUGUAUAUUACUCCUCUGGCAUCAUUUCAAAUGACACUUCUUGUUGCUAUUCAUUUGUGCCUUCCUAAUGGUUGUAAAUAUUUAUUUAUUGCAUGAUGCCAGAUACAAGAAAGAGAGAGGGAGAUGAAAAUGAUGAUGGUGUAAGUUGAACAGUGGUAAGUAACUUAUCAAUAAAGAGCUUUUUGUAUCAACCCUUGCUUUUUCUAAUGACGCUUGAACACAUGUGGAGAUGUGGUCUCUAGCACCACCAGGUGGUGAAGUUGAUCAUUGCAAGUAAUAUGUGGUAGCGAGAUCAGUGGUGGAAGAAAGCCUAUUAAAGUGAUUUAAUAAAAACGUAAACUACCAAAUACAAUGGAUGACAUAAAG